AUGCCAUUUUCUCUUUGUCACACUUUUAAGAAACUAAACGAGAAGAUCAAUCUUCUGGAGGAGAAACUGGUAGAAAUGAACGAAAACUCAAAUAGGACCUUCGAAAAAUUAAAUGAAAAGCUGAACGACAUCAGAGCGGACGUCAAUAAUUACAAGACUGAAUUGGAAGAGUUCAAAAAUGAUCACAGGAAAAAAUUAGAAAUCCUCCAAAAGAAGGCUGAAGAAUUCAUAGACAAAGAAAAAGAAGAAUGGAACAAACUCAAAAUAAAAUUAAUAAAGGACUUUCAAAAUAAAACUAGCUUACUGAAGGAAGAAAUGACCGAAGAGUACGGACUGUUGCAAGAAAAGGAAGAAUCGCUCAGAAGAUUUUACGAUAAUGAAAUUGCGAACCUCAAAUCGGUUGUUCAAAAUGAAAUAAACGAGAGAAUAAAAACUGAAAAAAUUAUCUUACGGGACGUUGAUGAUAAAGUGAACGAAAUUAUUAAAAUAAUUAAAUAUGAGAAAAUCACCAGGGAAAACUACUCGGAAAAUCUGGUGUCCCUCAUCGAGCAGUACUUUUCGAGAAUAAAAAAGGAAAUUGAUAAUGUACGCAAAUGCUAA